AUGACUACAUUGACAGACCAGGUCACGUUUUAUGCUUGGAGAUACUCUGUGGGCGAUGUUCAUGAUCCGCCUCUGAAUCUGGCUUGGCCAGAUGAUAUGCUUUUCACAGCGAUUAGUCUUGGCAUCGCAGCUCUCUGCAACCCCAUUCGAGUCAUUCGUCAACUAUGGCCAUACAUCUCAGUUCUCGCCGCCUUUGCUAGCUUUGUGGCAUGGAAUGGCGGCGUUGUCCUGGGUGACAAGUCGAAUCACGUUGCCACCAUUCACCUGGCCCAGCUACUCUAUAUCUGGCCACUUUUUGCCUUCUUUUCUCUCCCUCUACUCUUGCCGCAUGUAAUUCCUAUUCUCGGCAUUGCACGAGAUGUGCUUCGUUUCUUCUCACGAAGUGGCCAAAGUACGGGGUUAUCACAGCCCUCAAAGACAACUGGGUCUUUUAAAUUUUCGCGUUCUGUCAAGCCGAAGCGACCAGAUGGUUCCAAAGCAAGGGACACUCGAAGCACUGCCUCUCAACUCGCUCCCAACACGCCAAGCCCUGGGUCGCCAUCUCCUGCUCUAAGGACCGCGGAUUUUAUAUUCAACUCCAAAUUCAUUCCUUGGAUAAUUUAUACUCUGCUCACCUUUGUAGUGUCCACAGCAAUUGUUAAAUUCAACACCAUUAUUCAUCCAUUCACACUCGCCGACAACCGACACUACAUGUUCUACAUCUUUAGAUACACUAUCCGCCGUGGCAGCCUAAUCAGAUUCAUGCUCAUCAUUCCAUAUACUAUCAGCAGAUGGAUGGUAUGGGGCACAUUGGCAGGUUGUGCGAACUGGAUCUCAUCGAGCAGCCGUGAGCUGUGCUCUGCUCGAUACAACGUCAACGAGCCUGCUCCCUACACAAGCUAUCCUCUCUGGAUCGCAUGGGGAACCAAGAAGACACAAACAGACGUGGAAUAUCCCCAGGAUAUGAGUCAGAUGCCGAGUUUCUCGGCAUCAACAGACGGUGAACUUCAAAGUACCGUGGAGGAUGACCCGCUCCUGGUCUCGGCUGAGCCAACUUCAACUUCUACAGGCCUCAUAUUCCUGUUGGCAACCACACUCUCCCUAAUGACAGCACCACUUGUUGAGCCUCGCUACUUCAUUCUUCCUUGGGUGAUGUGGCGCCUGUUAGUACCAGCUUGGAGGGUCCAUGAUCACGCACAUGUAAACUCCCUGUUUGAGGGAGUGGCUCCACGGUCAAUUGUUGGCAAAACCAAGGAGGUAUUUAAACGGAAUGACGUGCGGCUUGUCCUCGAGACACUGUGGUUUGUGGCCAUAAACGUGGCUACAGGGUACGUAUUCCUCAUGAAGCCGUAUGUAUGGAAAGAUGACCAAGGGCGGAUUCUCGAAGAUGGCCGACUACAGCGGUUCAUGUGGUAG